CACACAUUCUAUACAUUUCACAUUUUUCUUAACGCCAUUCGGCAAUUUUUUUUACUAGUUUAACAAUUGUAGUAGUAAAUUAGUCGCCGGUUACUAAUUUUCGUUAAACGUGCUGUGAUUAUUUGUGAUUUUAUAAUAAACAAAUAUAUAUUAACUAAAAUGAGUUCAAUGCAAGUCGAGGCAUCACCUCAAGCAGGUAGUUUUAAUUGGAGAAAAAGACUGCGCCAGGAUUCAGGAUCGGGCUCGGAGUCUGAGAGAAAGACUCCUAGGUUACAAUGGAAAUACAUUACAUUGGAAAGCGAGAGCCCCCAGCCUUCAGAAGAAGACACUGAGAGUGUCUAUAGCGUGCAGGGACAAGAAACUGAAUUCUGCAGAGACACGAGUGACACAGACUCAUCGGACAGUUGGAGCAGUUACAGUGUCGAUGUGGGUGACAUAUUGAUGAGAGUCGAAUACGAAGUGGACAGUGAUUGUGACAAAGAGGAGAAGUUUGUGUUCGGUGAUGGAGACGCUAGCUCCAGUGGAACAGAGGGUGUAGUUGAAACUGCAACAGAUUUAUUAGUCGCAGCUAUCUGCGAUAGUGAUCUUGCGAUAUGGGCAGACACAGAGGACAGUAAAUCGGGGUACUCGACGGAUUCGGAGUUGGGUCGAGCGGAUUUCUGGACGUGUAUACAGUGUAAAAGUAAAAAUAAUAAUCCUCUGUUUCGAUAUUGUGAGAAAUGUUAUCAAACGAGAAAGAAUUUCUUUCCUCCACGACCAAAAGGCAGGAAGAAGAAGAGGAGUUUGGCGGGGAAGUACGAGUCCCAAAGGAAUUGUUCCACAACGGCGGAAGAAGAUGCGCCAGAAAAUCAAUUCUCCCGAAUCCAGAGCCAAGACUCAGGUAUCGCCACAAGCCUGAGCCAGGAAAGCAUUGAUUUAAUGGACCUGGGAAAGAUAAAGAUUCCCGAAAAUCUCUUGAAGCAAACCCAACUGUAUCAAUCUUUAGCCGAAGACACAAAACCAGGCAGCAGUCGUGACGACGGUUCAUUGGUAAGUUUGGACUUGGUAAGAACAGAUCAAAAAGUCGUAUUAUAUUCUAAGAAGAAUAAAGAUAACCAGGAACCAACUAAGAUAAAUGAAGUUGAUAAUAAAAUUAAUCAAGUUAAUAACGGGGGGGUUGUUGAAACUUCUGACGAUAAAAAUAACAGUAGUCUCUGUAUAACUUGUAUGAGUAACGAGAAAGAUGCUGUUUUCAUGCACACGGGCCCCCUGCACAUGUGCUGUUGUUAUAAAUGUGCGAUGAGGGUGUGGACCGAGUGCAAACGUUGUCCUGUAUGUAAUCGGAAAGUUAGCAAUGUUAAAAAAGUUUGUGUAGCAUAAUUGUAUAAAAUGAACUACUAGCUGCAAAUAAUUAUAUUUUUUUCCACUUGUCAGCCCGUUUGUUUUUUAUGCAGGUU